UCGGAACCAGUUCAAUGUCGGAUAUCCGAGCGUGAACAACGCUGCGGGAGCGUCAAACAUUUGUUUCGCUUGAUUCCAAUAAACAUUUCCGAAGGUGUGAAUUAGUGAAUUUGUAAACUCGUGAAUAUCAAAUCUUUCGUAAUCAAAACAUUUAAAUCCGGCAAACAGAAUCAUUCGCGAUGGCCGUCGCGUUGAUUGGACUUAUUUUUUUCUUCUGCUUUUUGUCAUAUCGUAUUUACGUGCUCGGCCGACGGCGGUAUUUCGUUGGCAAAAUACCGGGACCAAGUGGUAUUCCGAUAUUUGGAAAUAUAUUCAAUUUUCUCGUUCCGAUAGCUGACCUCUGGGGGGUGGUGCACGGGAUGAAUGACGAUUACUAUCCAACUUACAAAAUAACGACACCUUUGUGGACCGUCCUAAACCUUCGUCAUCCCGACGAUGCAGAGAUUCUUUUAUCAAGCACGCAACACAUUACGAAAAGCGCGCUGUACGAUUUCCUUCAUCCUUGGUUCAAAACCGGUCUUCUAACGAGUACAGGUGGGAAGUGGCAGAAACGACGCAAGAUACUCACGCCCGCAUUUCAUUUCAAUGUUUUGAGGGAAUUCGUCAACGUUUUUGAUGAGGAGGGUCGUCGAAUGGUUCGAGACCUGAAAAAUGCUGGGGAAAAGGAGCAUGAUUUGUUACCAUUGGUUACGAAAUACACGCUCAAUACGAUUUGUGAAACUGCCAUGGGUACAUCACUAGAAGGAAUGACAAAGUUUCACACGAAAUAUCGAAACGCCGUUCAUGAAAUGGGAAAUUAUCUUCUCCACAGGCUACUGAGACCGUGGCUGCAUCCACCAAGCAUAUUCAAUCUUUCGCCAACCGGUCGAAAACAAAAAAAAGCUUUAGAAAUAAUCCAUGCCUUUUCCAACAAAAUUAUUCGUGAACGUCAAGAGUACCAUAAAGAGUCUGGAAAGGACCCGAUGCAGCAGAAAGAAACGUUUAAUGAUGAUAAAAGUGGAAAAAAACGUUUGGCCAUGCUGGAUCUUCUCAUAGCUGCGAAGAACGCGGGUCACAUGGACGAACCCGGAAUCAGAGAGGAAGUAGACACCUUUAUCUUCGAGGGACACGACACAACCGGGAUGGGAAUAGCUUUCAUUCUCUUGCUUCUGGCUGAACACAAAGACGUUCAGGAAAAAGCUCGAGAUGAAAUUGAUGCUGUACUCGAUGGGAGUGGAGGAAAGAUGGAACCGUACGAAAUUCAACAAUUCCAGUACCUCGAUUGCUGUAUUAAAGAGUCACUUCGAUUAUAUCCGAGCGUGCCCUUAAUAUCGCGGUACAUCAAGGAAGACUUGCAUUUGAAGAAUUACUUGAUUCCCGGAGGCGUUGUGGCUCACAUACACAUCUACGAUCUUCAUCGAGAUCCGAAUUUCUGGCCCGAUCCCGAUACUUUUGAUCCAGAUAGAUUUUUACCCGAACACUGUGUCGGGCGACAUCCUUUUUCUUACAUACCAUUCAGCGCUGGGCCUCGUAACUGUAUAGGUCAAAAGUUUGCCAUGUUUGAGCUGAAGGCGCUGAUAGGACACGUGCUACGCAAUUUUUAUCUCGAGCCAAUUGAUCUCGCAUCCAGAGUCCGAUUACUUCCGGAUCUCGUACUCAGGCCGGCGCAUCCGAUACGGAUUAAGUUCGUACCGAGAAAGCUUUAGGACCCUUGGGAGAAAAAAUACUCUUGGCUCGGAGUCGGUUUUUUUUCACCCUCACGUUUGCAGCACCGGCUAGCGGAUUAUCGAAUCGAGCUUACCAGUGCGAGCCGGAAAAUCACGGCUAUGCUUGUCAUGUAAAAUUGAAUAAAUUGGAGUUUGGAUGGGAUUUGA